CUCUGCAUUCACGCGAUCUUUCAACUCUCUCCGCUCGACAAAUGACUUGGCAACUUGGCAAAAAUAACCUUUUCCCCCCACAAAGGGAGGGUGAAAGCCACAACAACAAACCUUACACGACUGACAUUCCCUCCUAUUCUUGAAAAGGAUAUAUAAAGACCAUGUCCCACUUGGUUCCCAUCUACAAACCAUUUAUCGCGACCCACAUUCCAAAUGCCACUCAAUACCUCCCCACCAACAUGCUUCUACACCCACCCCCCAACCCGGCCCUGGCGCCGCAUCCACGAAUCCAUUGAAUCCAUGUCAUGGGGCAUAGUCUGCAUCGUCCAUGCCUGGCUCCUAGCAUCCGGCACACGCAGCUCGGCCUUUACUACACUCAUCAAGGGGACCGGCAUCGCUUUCACUGUCAUUGGCGGUCUCCUCAUGUUACUUUCCUUGCUAUGGCUUGUGAUGCGUGUGACGGGUAUGAUUGGAUAUCGGGAGGUGAAGGCUCUGGGGGAUGGAAUUGUUGGUGUUGGGGUGGAAUGUGACAAGGGGUUAACGAGGGCUGUGAGAUUGGCUUUUGGGUAUGUUUUCAUGGGGAGUGGGGCGUUGGUUGGGGCCAUUGACAACUACGCUGCAGCAUCAAUGGCCACCGUGCUUCUUCUAUGCGGAAUCGCAUGUCUGUUCUCGUGCAAGGAUGAAGACCGGCCUGUCAUUGUCCUCGACUGUGACCGAGGUUCACAUCCGAAGCAAUUCAUCAGUGCAAAGACAGGCGAAAUAGAAUCAUCAGCCAAAUUGCGAAAACCUGUUAAAUACGCGGUUGUUCCCUCAUCUUACUUUGUUGUACAAGAGGAGUUUACGUGUCCUUGCAAGGUGGCCAAACAGCAGCAAUGUCGCUUCACUGGAAAAUACACCCAAGCAGAGCUUGUUUGUAUUGCCUGUUACGAAGCUCAACGGAUGAACAUUACGCAUGUUUGGAUGGCAGAUUUAUGCGUUGGGACCGUCAUCGAUGGGAGUCAUGAAUGCUGCGGAUUAUCAAACAAGGACCAAGCACGGCUGAUUGACGGUCGUCCUGCACGCAUUUUCCAGAAUGCUAGAGCGGUCAUAUUUCCCGUUCUGGCCUGCCCAUGCGCAGCGCACAACAUUCUUUUUCCAAAACCGUGGAAACAACGCAUCUUUGACGCUCUACGUGGUAAACUCAAAGUAUCCCUACACGCAACUCACUCGACACCAUCUGGCAACGUGACGACAACCUGUGUGCAUCAUCUCACAACAUCCCUGGAUACACGCCUUUCACACCCUUCUGCCCUUCAAGAGCUUUUAUACGCCCGGAAAAUCAGUAUCGUUGCAGCGGGACGCCAUCACACUAGUGCAAAUCCUGACAUACCCAACGACCCCUCCACAAUCUCAACCCGAACAACACACUUUCAAACUUGGUUUACAAACGUUUCCAAAACACUGGUAUCGUGGCGAAAGGCUAGUGCACUCUCCUUGUACCUAGAACUCGAUCGACGAUAUACCCACCUCCAAUCACCAAAAAGUUUCGAUUCUACCGUACUUGAAACCCAAGAAUACACCAUCCUAAAGCACCUACGCGACAUUUUACACUCAAAGCCGGCUGGAUCUGUCUCCCCCCAACCUCCCUCUCGGCGCGUACCAUCCUCGCCAAAGCCUUUACAUGUACCGGCGAUCCAUCCCUAUUAACCCUCCUACAUGACCCAACAAUCUCCAUCCCACCCACACCCUUCUCACACCCCGUAACAAUCACAUCAUCCGUCUCUGCUCAUUUACACCAACCGACAUCCAUGAUUCCUAUCCUAACAACCGGCCCAUUACAUCCCGAUCCAACACCCGAUCUUGAAUUAGCUGAUAAACAAUUAUGGUAUCCCGGUAUCGGACGCGGAACAAUCCAUACAUGGUGGACCACACCCGCCGCAACACAAUGUAAAUGGCUGUUAAGCACAGCUCGACUUGAAGAAGAAUGUCGUACGGCCGACGAGAAGAUGAAGGGGUACAUUGCGUACAGGGUUACGAAUGAUAAAGUCGUUGGGAUGGGGUUCUUUGAGUGUGAAAAGAGGGUGGGGUUUACUAGGACUCUUGUGCUAUUAGUUGAUGUGGAUUGCUAGAAUGGGGAUUUUGUAUACAGUACAUUUUAUUUUUUUUUUUUGGUUUCUAUGUAUACCCGUUACUUGAAUCAUAUCAAGGACGAUUGAAUAUAGAGAUUUGUAUUUUUUUGAAUGGAUGUAAAAGUAUUUUUUUGGGUG